AUGGCAGGUACUGAGGUUAAUUCCGUUCACAUCACCAAUCAAGCUUUGAAAUUAUUGCGUGAUGAUCUUGAAUCGAGAGAGUCGGCCUCUGCGGAUUUUCCACCUGUACUAUCUAAGACUCAAAUACGAGCUUCCAUUACCCAAUUUCAGCAUCUUAUAGACGAUGCCUCGCAGCAGGGUGUGUGCUCAUCUUGUGGGAGGUUAGUGCCCGUUCCGGAGCUGGUGGAAAUGGAAGACGCUGACCCUUUACUUCAACCAAUGGCCGGCCAUCUUGACUACUGCGGUAGGCAUGAGAACGAGUGGGAUGUGUGUUUAACUUGCCUCAAGUCUCUGUCUCAGAAUGCCCUUCCGAAGCUUUCGGCUUUGAACCGUGUGAAUAUGUCGAUGUGUCAGAACUACCCGGCAGUUCUGGAAAGUCUCACCCCAGUCGAAGAGUGCAUUAUUGCUAGGUGUCACCCCCUCGGCGCUAUCUUGAAGCUACGCCCCGGUGGCCACGCAUCACCCGCGUCUUACCGUGCUCUGCGUGGCCACUUUAUCGUCAUUCCGCAGGACCCAGAGCCGCUUCUCGACAUUCUUCCGAGUCCGACAUUAUCACUGCAUAACGUAAUGAGGGUUUUCUGGUUGGGGAAACAGCCUCCCACUUAUACAGAUCUAUCUCCGUUCCUGCUGGUACGGAGACACAGUGUGCUUACGGCUCUUCAAUAUUUGACACGCCAUAAUCAUGUUUAUUGCAAUGUGGCAAUCAAUCAUUCUAUGCUCGACACUUGGGAAGACGACUUCAUUCCAUCCGAUCUUCAACAAAAUAUAGUUUCUAUUACUCUGGCCGAUGGCCAGGAACGUGAAGGUUACUCCGUUCAUUUGGACACGGGUAAUCAUGAAAAUGAUUUCCAGGCCGCGCAAGAUACUGUCCUGGACGCACAUUCCAAUGCGCCUUUAACGACCGGAUCCGUUUCUACCGAUAUCAAUGGUGAACGUCAAAAUCCCGAUAGGCGUCUUUUGAAUGCCCUGUUAAACGUGAUUUCGAACGAUGCAGCGUCAUGCGCCCAGCGUUCGCCUGAGCAUGAUGGACAGCGGAUCCCAACGCUUUCCUACAGAAUUCACGGUCAGGCCACCCUCCUGGAUCAUUGGGAUGAUCCGACAUACUUCACGGCCGCUUUUCCAACUUUGUUUCCGCUAGGCGUUGGAGGCCAUCUGGAGGAUCGUUCAUUAAAUGUCUCUUUGUCAUCUUUUGCUGAGUGGGCACUGAAACAUCAUAGCCGGAGGUUUGCCCGCCACAAAACCUUCAUGUAUCUGAUAUACGAUGUGCUACAAAUCCGUAAGUCGUCUCUGGCGAAUAGAUUGGUCCUUCAGCGUCGUCACUGGUCAUCGACCACGGACGAUAUUUCUUCUCUCACAGAAGAUCGGCUUCGUGAUGCGCUGCACGAGCUAGAAAUCCAUCAUGAAGUCAAAGAUCCAGCGAUUUCCCGCCUGCUACAUGUUAUGAAAACGAUUGCCAUGUGGGUCCCCGGCUCUUUCGCUCAAAAAUUGAGAAUGCGCUCUGAGAUCCGAGGCCUUAUCGUCCGAUUUGGCAUGCCCGCUUUUUGGAUUACCAUCAACCCAUCGGAUUUACGAAGUCCACUUGUUAUCACCUUGGCCGGUGUUGAAUAUGCUGAUGAUAUUUUAUCUGCAUCGAAUUCGACUCUUCGAGCUGCAACCGCCACAUCCGAUCCUGUCGCCGUGGCCUCAUUUUUCCAUGGCAUCUGCACCGCUGUUUUGGAUGGGUUAUUCGCGAGCGGGUGCGAUCGCGCAGGAAUCCUCGGAGAUGUUUCAAACCAUUAUGGUGUGGUCGAGACCAACGGUAGAGGGAUGCUGCAUCUACACGCAAUGGUUUGGCUCAAAGGCAACCUCUCAUUCGCCAAUCUGCGAAGCCGCGUUCUCGCCGACGCCGACUUUGCUACUCGUCUGCUACACUACCUCGAAAGUGUCAUUAUCCAGAGCGUAGAUGAGUGUACCCCCCUUGAUCCGGAAGUCAACCUCGCGCCACGAUGCCCUUCUGCUUCCGACCCAGAGUCGGAUCAUGAUUUCCACCUCAGACUAGCCGAUGAUAGCAACCUCGUUGCUCGGACUAAACAAAUGCACUCGAAAAGUCACUUCGAUAUAUGUUUCAAAUACCGCCUAACAGACCGGUCCAAAUCCGUUUGUCGUUUUGGUAUGCCUCGCGACAUCGUGCCCUCCUCUAGAAUCGACCGUCUUGGAGUGAUUCACUUGGCUCGGAAUCACCCGUGGGUUAACCCAUGGAAUCCUUCAAUUGCCAGCUGUCUCCGUUCUAACCACGAUAUCUCUUGGAUCCCGACCGUCUCGAAAUCGUUAGCUCUAGUCUAUUAUAUCACCAACUACGCCACUAAAGACGACGUGUCUCCGUGGCAGAUGAUAGCGAAGGGAGCACUCUUGAAGCAAGCUAUUGAAAAAGCCAAAAGGGCUGACCCACCAACCGCCACUGACCUGAGACUCCGGGAGAAAGACAUGGACAAUUUCGCCCUGCGUUGUUUCAAUAGCUUGGCUCACGACCGAGAAGUGAGUGGUGUUCAGGUCGCCAGCACCUUGCUCCAUCUUCCAAGUCACUACACUGUCGACACAAAAUUCAUUCGUGUCAACCUAUGGUGGCUUAGACAUUACGUGCGCGGCCUUCGACAUCAGACCGUUGCAGGGGCUGAUAGUUCCGCUGAGAUUGCUGACGAGCCCUGUACCUUUCAAGCCGGGGAGGCAAUUCCGCUGAGCCUGUUUGACAACUACAAAUGGCGCGGGGACGACCUUGCCGCUUUCUCACUCUUUGAAUAUUGCAUGCUGGUCCAGAUAAGAAGCAAGCGACGAAAUCGUGGCGACCACUUUGAAUUUGCCCCAGGCCACCCGAAACGUACCACCUGUAUCCAGCAUGUAGCCCGCUCAAGGUCUGAAAUAGCCACCGUCACAUUCAAUGGGCAACUGACACAGUAUCAGAUGGCGGAAGACGGCGUCCGGGGCGGCCAUCCGAUGACUGACGCCAUUGCGAAUGAUCUCGCGGAAAUUCUUCUCGGCCUCUUCUUGCCCUGGGAAAGUCUGCGCGACAGGUUGCUUUGUGAACCUCAUCAAGAGAAUCUCUUCUUGUCUGUUUGGUCGUCCGUCAAACCCACACUUGCGCCGCAUAUUCAAGACUUUGCCGCUAAUAUCGAGCUUCUUCGAAAAUCCAAGGAAGAUUGCCAAGUUGACGCCAGAUUACGGCAGUCUACAAACCACCACGCCGAGCUGUUCGAUCACCAUGUUGGUCACAUAGACCAGGCGGACAUUGAUCCAGAAGAUCCACCGGAUAGCGACUAUUUCAUAGCUCCUGAAGAUGAGAGGUUCACGGCGGAGACUUUGAUUGCCGCCUAUAAUACUGUACGCAAGACCUGGGGUCGAGAUUGUUUUAUAGCUGCGAAGAAAGCAUCCAUCCUGGCCACUUCCUGCCGAGCACAUGGUUCUGCACCGAUAAACGCGCUUCCUUCAAGUACUCAUUCACUCCGACCUGAUCACGCCUUGGAUUUAAGAUUCGUUCCAUCCACAAUCCUUCAAGACUGGGAGAGCCACCUUGCCAACCAUAAGAAACCCGUUCAGGACGGUGAACCGUCCGAACCUGCUACCGCGCCACUGCACGACUUUGAUCUAACAGAUGGAGACGGCGUGCUGCAACCUGCAUUAACCAAUGCAGACAUUUCUGACGACACACAAGCUCGACCAACGCUCCUUGAAGAUCUAACACCGGCUUCUCUGUUGACGCUGGUUGGCAGACACAUCCCCCUGAAUACAAAGCAAUCCCUUGUCGUGCGAAGGUUAUUGUCUGAAAUUAUGACGUGGCCUGAUCAGUUAUUUGAUCCAUCAAGGCGCAAGCAACUCCUCCUCUGCAUAACGGGCGAAGGUGGCACUGGUAAGACCCAGAUACCUAGAGCUAUUGAGGCCGCUCUGGAACUUCUUGGUCGAAAACACGAGGUCAUCCUCACUGCCCCUACAGGCGCUGCAGCAGACAAUUUAGGAGGCAACACCUAUCAUACUUCUCUUGGCAUCAAUCUUUCCCAUAAAGCAGCCAUCAGCGCUCGCGUUAGAAGGCUAUGGGCAAAAAAGACUAUCUUGGUUAUUGACGAAAUGAGCAUGGUCGAUUUGAGAAUGCUAAGCGUGAUCAACAACCAAUGCAAACUCGCUCGCUCACUGCCAAGAUCCUCUCCCGACCUCUUUGGCGGCCUUCCUAUCGUGAUUCUUAUGGGCGAUUUUUUCCAGUUCCCUCCUGUUCGCGGCCCACCACUAUGGAAGAAACCAAGAUAUAGAGUUGACGACGACGCCGCCGGCAGACUAAUCUGGCGUAGAUUCGAAAACGUCAUCAUUCUUAACGAGCAGAUGAGACAAUCCGAAGACCCUUGGUUUCGCGAAUUUUUGACACGCGCGAGGCAAGCGGCAUUGACCGAGGACGACGUUAUCCGCCUUAAUUCCAAAUCUAUUCCCUCGCUUAUAGAUUCAACCUCGGAGGAUGCCUCUGUCAUUGUCAAAUUAAACGCCAUGCGUCACCCGAUUAACCGGAUCCGUAUCGAGAAUUUUGCUCGGCGGAGAUCUUAG